AUGAUACUACUCAUUGGCCACGCCGACAACCUGGGCAAGUGCUACUUGCAGAAGGGAAAUGGAUCAAAGCGUAGAAUUGUCGGGAUCUCUGAGAUUGCUGAUCAACUGGAAAGGCAAGUAGCAGAUGGAAUUACAAAACAAGAAGCUUGUGAGGCUUUAAUGGGGCUACAUGCGUUAACAGGUUGCGACACA